UGAAAGGACCCACAGGCCAGUCAUCAGGGGCUCGGCUCAGCGCGAAGGCAGGACAAUGGCAGAUGAGGAUAUCUAUGAGAACAUGCCAAUGACGGAAGCUGCUCCCCAGCCCAAAGGAAACCCUCCAGAGACAUCGGUCCCUUGGCGGCACAGGGCAGGGGGCAUCGUCACUGCUGUCCUUCUCCUCCUGGGUCUGGCCCUGGCCACGUCCCUCCUUGCUGUGACACUUCUAUAUCUCCGGGCACAGAGCAAGCUGCAAGCGGUUGAAAACGUGGUGCAGAAGCUCCAAGUCUCUCUGCAGCCUGACAACAGCUCGGACGCAUCAGCAAAGAGAUCAGACACUCUGCAGCUAUUGGAUGAAGCGCAGGCAGGAGUCCGGAUGCUGAAAGCCCAGCUGGGUAACGUCAGUGCAGCGUAUGGAGAAAUCCAGAUCCGUCUGGACAACGUCAGUGCAGCGUAUGGAGAAAUCCAGAUCCGGCUGGACAACGUCAGUGCAGCACGAGCAGCAGUGCAAGGUCGCUACAGUGACAUGCUGACAAAGCUCUCCAGGGGCUGGAGGUUUUACGGUGGGAACUUUUAUUACUUUUCACAAGAAAGGAAGUCGUGGGAUGAGGCCGAGCGGUUCUGUGUGUCUCAGGACUCGCACCUGACCUCUGUCUCCUCCCAGGCAGAACAGGAGUUUCUCUCCAACGAGACCCAGGGACAAGAUCACUGGAUUGGACUCAACGACCGGGAGACAGAAGGCAGCUGGCGCUGGGCGGAUGGCACAGAAUACAGAGCAGACGCAAGCAGGGGGUUCUGGGCGCAGAAUGAGCCAGACAAUUACGAUCCGAAGAAAGAUGGUGGAGAAGACUGUGUUCACACCGAGCCAAGAAAGCGGAAUUUGUGGAAUGAUGCCAACUGCACUCAGCCUUUCAGGUGGAUUUCGAACUAUAAGCUAUGAGCAGACAUUCAACAGCGAUUCCCUUCACCAGUUUAGCCUCUCUUUUUUUUUCCGCUUCGUUUCUACAUCAAAUACUUCACUCACAAAACCCCAUGGGUUACAAUGCUCAGAUAUCAUCUCAGCUGUUCUAAACCUCCUCCAUGUUCCUGAAUGUAUUUUCUAGCAAAGUUUUCUAGAGCCAUACUGUGGGCAACUUCAACAGACUCUACUCUUGCCCUUACUUCACUUACCUUAACAUGUAACACAGAACUCAUUUGAAUUCUAACACUUCACUAGCUUAUGUAAUAAACUAGAAUGAACACUCUGUUGCUUUACUCUGUAACUGAAGGCGUCCCUUCACAGAAACAACAGGAACUAAUACCCCAAACUGGUUUUCUACCUAGUUCAAUAAGU